AUGUCUUUACCAACAGAUCUUCGUGUACCAAUGCAGAGACUAGAUUCUGCUGAUAUAAACUUAGCACCAAAACCGUUACAAGAUCUUGUAAGUUAUCUACGUCGGAUAAAUGUAGAAGCAGCCUAUGUUCUUGAACAAUUAAACCGUGAAAAUUCAGAUAGAGAAGAAAUACUACUGUUACGUAAAAUACUGGCAGAUUUAGUGGCAACUCGUUUAAAAAUUCUUACUUUAAUGGAGAUUAAGAAAGCAGGUGAUACCAGUGGAAAACAACAGAAGGAUAGAACAUCACCCACGACCGGUUGCAUUGAUAUAUGGGCUUCGGUGAAUGGAUGUUUUCGUCAUCCUGGACCACGUAAGUAAUUUUAUAUUUACAAGUAGGAAAGUAGGAGAAGAGAACUUUUAAGACAAAGGAAGUGAGGUAAUAGAAUUUGUCAGAAUAACUCAAUCUUAUUCCAACUAAUUUCUAGUCAGCCUGUCGUUUUUUCCUCUCAGAAGGACAUGAUCUGUGUGAUCUCGCUUAGGCCAGCAAUCGGUUAACUGAUAUUUGGUUAUACCGUAAUAGAAGAAAUAAUGCUCACAUAUUUUCGAUUUCGGUUUUUUAACUGAAAAAGUAAAAAACCGCUUGGAAUCACAUGAGCAGUGACCUCUAAUAUUUAUUUUGCGUUUUCCUUAACUUUUAUGUCUGUUUAAUCAAACAUCGAUUAUUUUCGGUUACGAUCGUUUGAUUAAUCAAAUUUGUCUUUUCUGUUAAGUUCUUGAAACAUCCCUAAGAAAGGUUAUAAAAGAAAUGCUAAUAAAAAUUUCAGAUAGUUCCCAAAUUUCUACGCUGAACUCAGUUCAAGUACAAAGUUUCAAAACGGAUUGAAACUCGAACUUGACCUCGAAAAUUUUGUUUUAUUAAUAAAGAAACUCUGUCGAAGAUGUUGUUAUGAAGUUUAAUAACUAUCACAAAGAUGAUAAAUAACUGCAUCUAUUUUUCUUUCUUUAUUAGUAACAUAUGAUGACAUUAAUAGCAGCAAAGAAUGUUUGGUGACAUCUCAGAGUGACCUGUCGUUAUGCCACAUGCCUAAAUCUGGUAUUUUAUCAACGUUGUGGCAGAGAUUAUUUCCAUCUUACUAUCAAAAAAAAAAUGAAUGACUUAAAGUCGGUAAUGUACAAAAUCUCUAUUGCUUUCUGCUUAUAUUGCACCGUACGCGCUUUUGUUGUUGUUGUUGAUAGUGUUUGUGGCCUUAGUGUUAGUAUUAUCGUUUCUAUUAUCAUUGCAGCUAUCCUCAAAUUAAUAUCAUUGUUUAGUUCUUAUUGUUUAGUGCAUUAAUGACUGAAAACACUUCUGCGUACUUAUCAAGUGCCGGAAGUUCAAAAUUUGAGGAAAGUCUUUUUCGUAUCUUUCUGACAUGCUGGGACCAUCGAGUUAUAUAGGAAAACAUCAAUUUUAGUCCUUACAAAAUGAUUACCCUGUGAGAAAGAAUAAAAGUAUUGAGUCAGAGUCAAUUAGAUGAAAUUUAUGGGAGUUUUCAAAAAUCAGUCAGUUUUGAGCUUUCUUAUUUCUUUAAAAUAUCAAAACUCAGUUUUUCUGAUUGACUACGUCAAACUGAGUAUUAAAUAGUGAACUUGAAAUUUUUAAAAUCUAAACUGACCUCGGGAUCCGUUGAACACGAGCAGCAUAGUGGCACAUUUCAACGUCUAUCUUCGAGACAUGUCUCAUCCUACGGGUUGUGAGAUAAAAAGGUCUUUUCCCUUUGAUUCUAGCCAUUAUCCUAUGGGAAAUAAAAGUAGAUACAGCGACAUUACCGCGAACGACUUUACCGCGAACGACAUUACCGCGAAUACAGAAAACGACAUUACCGCGAAGGACAUUAACGCGAAUACAGAAAACGACAUUACCGCGAAGGACUAUAACUCGAAUAAAGA